GGUUUGCCCCUUCUUUGCUCCUCUCACUCUCUUAAUUUCCUAUUUGGCAAGCAAUCAACUUUUGAGUUUGUCUUCCCACCUAUCUGUCACUCUCAUUUUUCCUAUUGGGUAAAUAAUUGAUUUUUUUUAUUACCAUGAAAGUGCUUUGUUGCUUUACUUGAGCCUGUUUUUCCACCUCUCUGAAGAUAAUCAACUUUCCAAUUAGCUAUUAUAUAUUCUUCCUUUGCUGCUUUACUUGAGUGUGUCUUCCCACCUCUCUCUCUCUCUCUCUCUUCAACACACAAAUUGGAACUUGGUAACAUAAUUGCUGCUGUGCAAGCAAAGAUUUGCCUUUGCUUGGUUGUUUACAGGGAAUAUUGCUGAAAACCCACAACUUCCUCCUUCACUUAGAGAGCUGUACGUGAAUUCAGGUUGUUAUGGAGGCAGAGAAUGGUGAUACGAAGUCGAAGAUGGAAGAUUAUGAAAUAGUAGAGCAGAUUGGGAGGGGAGCUUUUGGAGCAGCUUUUCUUGUUCUCAAUAAGAUUGAGAAAAAGAAGUACGUUUUGAAAAAGAUUCGCGUGGCCAAGCAAACAGAGAAGUUCAAGCGUACAGCGCAUCAGGAGAUGGAUUUGAUAGCUAAACUAAACCAUCCAUAUAUUGUGGAGUACAAGGAUGCCUGGGUGGACAAGGGAUGCAAUGUAUGCAUUGUAACUGCCUACUGUGAAGGAGGAGACAUAGCUGAGAUUAUAAGGAAGGCAAGAGGAGCAUAUUUUCCAGAAGAGAAACUCUGCAAAUGGCUGACUCAACUCUUAUUAGCUGUGGACUACCUACAUUCCAACCGCGUCCUUCACAGGGAUCUGAAGUGCUCCAAUAUAUUCCUCACGAAGGACAAUGAUAUCCGCGUUGGCGACUUUGGUCUUGCGAAACUGCUCUACACAGAAGAUCUUGCCUCAUCGGUUGUGGGCACUCCCAACUACAUGUGCCCUGAGCUCCUUGCUGAUAUACCUUAUGGCUACAAAUCUGAUAUGUGGUCGCUUGGUUGCUGUAUGUUUGAGAUUGCUGCACAUCAACCAGCAUUUAGAGCUCCUGAUAUGACUGGACUAAUCAACAAGAUUAACAGAUCCUCCAUUUCUCCACUCCCAAUUGUAUAUUCUUCUACACUAAAGCAGAUCAUUAAAAGCAUGCUAAGGAAGAGUCCAGAACAUAGACCAACUGCUGCAGAACUGUUAAGGCAUCCCCAUUUGCAACCAUACCUCCUCCGGUGUCGCAACCCAUCUUCUGUCUUUCUUCCAGUGAAGUCUCCUAGCAAAACACAGGAUAAAACAAUGAGAAAAUCAUCACCUAGCAAACUGAAUGGUGGCAAAGACUUCAAAGACGGAGAAAUAGAAGUACUAGGAGAGGCAGGAACAUCUCCACCAUUUAAGGAAAAUGCAAAUAUGCAGCCAAGAAGUUUAUGGAUAAGUGAUAACCCAAUCUUCAACACUAUGGCAGAAGACAACCUUGAGACUAAGAGGGUCGAUCCUACAAGCUAUUCUGCAAAGAUCUCACAUGAUAGUGAAGAUUCAAUCAGUGGGGACACAAGUUGUGAGACAACUGUUUGCUAUGGAGAUGAGCAGGAUAAUAUCAACUGUUUAUCACAAAAGGAAAACACCGACCUUCAGAACAACACGAUGGACACAUCAAAUUCUCAGCAUGAAGAGCAAAAGCAACCUUCUGCUGAAUUUGUUCAACAACUGCAAGAGGGUGAUAUCGAGAGUGAGGCAACAAAGAAUCUGGAGGCAUUAGCAGAAAGAAAGGGGGAGAGUUGCACUUCAGAAAACCGCAGUGGAACUACAAUGUCCAGUGCAGGCUGUAGUGACAAAGUUGAUUCCCUUGGUGAAGAAAAUUUUUCAUCAGUACAAACUGCGAGUUAUGAAGCUGAGGAUGAAUCAAAGUGCUGUUUAGACAAAAUGGAAAAUCAUGUUGCAUGUGCCGACGAAGUCCAAAUAGACUACAUGUCAUCUGAAAGUAAUGAUGCACUUCCAUGUAACGAUGAAGUGGGGGUAAAAGCAGAUAAUAAUAGCCAUUCGAUUGAAACGGAGAAAGAUGGCAUUCAAGUGAUAAAUCAGGCACCAAGUCACAUUUCAGUGCCAAGUACAGUUACCUCAAUAGGAGGUGACGAUACCAAGCGUGAGUCAGAGAGUCCAAGCCAGCAAAGAGCCGAUGCUCUCGAGUCUUUGCUUGAGCUAUGUGCACGAUUACUAAAAGAAGACAAACUGGAUGAGCUUGCUGGUGUGCUUAAACCAUUCGGGGAAGAAGCUGUCUCAUCCAGAGAAACAGCAAUUUGGUUGACGAAAAGCCUCAUGAACGCACAAAAAUUUUCUGGGGAUCCUAAAAUUUGAAGAAUUUUGAGAUGGUAGACGUCUUUUCUUUCUCACUCGUUGUAAAAGUUGGUGGCUUUUCAGAUGCUUUGACAUAAUUUUUUUUUUCCUUCUGAUAUUUGAUUGAGAACUACAUGAUUGGAACAAAUAUGUUAUUGCAGAUAGUCCCGAGCCUUAGAUGGGAGUGAAUCACUUUUUUCUUUGUGUGUUGAAGAUAGGUUCCUACUGUAGUUUGAUUGUCU